CCCCCCUUCUGACAGGGCCGACUUUCAAGCAGGCAGUUUUGAAGGCAGCCGCAAUUGUCGGGUCCUCAAACAGCUGUUUCCUAUUGGAUGUCUGCGAAUCCGCUUGACAACCGCAAAGGCACAGAAAGAGAGACAGAGACAGAGCGGCGCGGCCCUACGAGUGAUAUCCUGUGCUGGCGGAAAGGAGAGCAAAGCCGCUUUCACAGUGGAAGUCAUCGGGUGCUGCCCGACUACACAAACGGAGAACACGGAGCGGGUGGAGCCUGACGGGGCUCUGGAGCGCCGGACUAACGGGGAAGGGAGCCAGCCCACUGCAAUGACAGCUGAGGAAACGAUUAAUGUGAAAGAGGUGGAGAUUACGAAGUUAAUUUUAGACUUCUUGAAUGCCAAAAAGCUGCACAUUAGCAUGCUUGCUCUUGAAAAAGAGAGUGGGGUGAUAAAUGGACUGUAUUCUGAUGACAUGCUGUUUCUCAGGCAGCUGAUCUUGGAUGGACAAUGGGACGAGGUCCUUCAAUUUAUCCAGCCUCUGGAAUGUAUGGAGAAGUUUGACAAAAAAAGGUUUCGUUAUAUUGUUCUGAAACAGAAAUUUUUGGAGGCACUUUGUGUCAACAAUGCAAUGUCAGCAGAGGAGGAUCCAAACCAUCUUGAAUUUACAAUGCAGGAAGCUGUUAAGUGCCUGCACACACUGCAAGAAUAUUGUUCGUCUAAGGAGGAUUACAGCAAGUUGUGUCUACUCCUCACCCUUCCGCGGCUCACUAAUCAUGCAGAAUUCAAAGACUGGAACCCAAGCACAGCUCGUGUACACUGUUUUGAGGAGGCAUGUGCAAUGGUGGCAGAAUUCAUUCCUGCUGAUCGCAAGCUGAGUGAAGCUGGAUUUAAAGCUAGUAAUAACAGACUGUUCCAGCUUAUCGUGAAAGGAAUUCUGUAUGAGUGCUGUGUGGAGUUUUGCCAGAGCAAGGCAACUGGGGAAGAAAUCACUGAGAGUGAGGUACUGUUGGGGAUAGAUCUUUUAUGUGGCAAUGGCUGUGAUGAUCUAGACUUGAGUCUCCUCUCUUGGCUGCAGAAUUUACCCCCUGGCGUUUUCUCCUGUGCUUUUGAGCAGAAGAUACUGAACAUCCAUGUAGAUAAGCUAAUGAAGCCUAGUAAAGCUGCAUAUGCAGAUCUCCUCACUCCUCUCAUCAACAAGCUCUCCCCAUAUCCUUCAUCACCCAUGAGGCGCCCCCAGUCAGCCGAUGCUUACAUGUCUCGCUCUUUAAACCCAGCUCUGGAUGGCCUGACAUGCGGACUGAGUGGCCACGACAAAAGAUCAGCAGAACCAGGAAGCAAGACGUCCCCCAUGUCCCACUCCUUUGCAAAUUUUCACUAUCCCGGUGUGCAGAACCUCAGCCGUAGCCUCAUGCUAGAGAGCACUGACUGUCACAGUAUAUAUGAAGAAUCAUCAGAGAGGAGUGAAACGCCUCAAGAAAAGGAAACCCCAAACAGUAGUGAGACCAUUUGUGAGAAUGCCUCUCCAGAAAAUGACCAAGAGAAUGCUGGUGAAAAUGAAGAGCAAAACAAUAAACCAGAGAGAAAUGAGCUUCGAGAAUCCACAGAGCAGUUUGAGGAAUACUAUCGUCAGAAAUUACGCUACCAGCAGCACCUGGAACAGAAGGAACAACAGAGGCAGCUUUACCAACAAAUGCUUGUUGAGGGAGGUGUAAACCAGGCUGAAGAGGCAGAACAUCCACAGAAUCUUACUGAGCAAUUUCUCAACAGGUCCAUCAAAAAGUUGGGAGAACUGAAUGUGGGGAUGGAGCCCCUUGAGGAACCUAUUCAACCUAUGAACAAACUACAUAAUGGCCCUAUGGAAAGCAGCAUUACAGCCCCUAAUGGUCACUCCCCACUGGGUACAGCUGUGCUACAGAGGGGCAAUCAGCAACCUGAUGGUCAGAGCAUCAAUACCAGCACACCUCGCAAACUAGGAUCCACUAGCUACAUUCCUUUUCCAGAGGAGUCUCCAGUGUUUGGAAGUGCAAGCAGUGCAAAAGAACAGGCACAAGUAGAAGAUUCUUCAGGCACUGGAGGCAGAAUAUGUUCAGAGACUGACAAGAAGCAGAAGCAACAGUUUGUAUGCCUAAACACCCUGGAGGACACCCAGGCUAUUCGCGCUGUAGCCUUCCAUCCUAGCGGUUCUCUGUAUGCUGUGGGGUCCAACUCCAAAACACUGAGAGUCUGUGCAUACCCUGAUGUGAUUGACACUAGUGUUGCAAACCCUCCCAUGCAGCCAACGGUUCGGUUUAAGAGGAACAAGCACCACAAGGGCUCCAUUUACUGUGUGGCUUGGAGCCCUUGUGGGCAGCUGUUGGCCACAGGCUCUAAUGAUAAAUACGUCAAAGUGUUGCCUUUCAGUGCUGAGACCUGCAAUGCAACAGGUCCAGAUCUGGAGUUCAGCAUGCAUGAUGGUACUAUAAGGGAUCUGGCUUUUAUGGAAGGACCAGAGAGUGGUGGGGCCAUAUUAAUCAGCGCAGGUGCUGGAGACUGUAACAUAUACACUACAGACUGUCAGCGUGGGCAAGGCCUUCAUGCGCUCAGUGGGCAUACAGGGCAUAUCCUGGCACUUUACACAUGGAGCGGCUGGAUGAUUGCAUCUGGAUCCCAGGACAAAACAGUGCGGUUUUGGGACUUACGAGUACCCAGCUGUGUGCGAGUUAUUGGAACAACUUUCCAUGGCACUGGCAGUCCGGUGGCCUCGGUAGCCGUUGAUCCUAGUGGGAGACUCCUUGCCACAGGACAAGAAGAUUCUAGCUGCAUGCUGUAUGAUAUCAGAGGAGGCCGCAUGGUGCAGAGCUAUCACCCACACUCCAGUGAUGUUCGCUCUGUUCGCUUUUCACCUGGAGCUCAUUACCUUCUCACUGGUUCCUAUGAUAUGAAGAUCAAAGUAACAGACUUACAAGGUGACCUUACAAAGCCGCUUCCCAUCAUUGAAGUAGGUGAGCAUAAGGACAAGGUGAUCCAGUGCCGAUGGCAUACACAAGACCUCUCCUUCCUCUCUUCUUCCGCUGACAGAACUGUAUCACUGUGGACUUACAAUGUGUAGAUCUGGACUGCACCCAAUCCAAGCUGGCACUGAAAAUAGCUAAAUUGGCAUUUUACAUUCAGCUGUCAAAGGUCAUAAUGCUGCAAAUGAACCCUCAGAGCUACCAGGAAGGCCUGCAAUUCAGCAACUGCAGCCUCAGAAACCUGAAAGGAAUUAGAGUGCAACGUGAGGAAGCCAAAGAAAGUGAAUUGUGUGUGUGUGUGUUCUUUCAUACAUUGUGUCACUGAGGAUGCAGAUGACUGAGACCCUUUCUGGCUCUUUUCCAUAUUCACCAGGCAGUGCCAUACAAAAGUAUGAAACAGAGAAAGUCUGAGCAGUUUCAGGAUGAAGCAAGAAGGCACAGGAAAGGAAUUUAUAUGUGCUGCCGCAUCUUACAUUGCACCACAAAUAAAAGAUUAUUGGCUUUUUA